AUGAGUGUUUCUAAAAGCGACGCUAUAGCUAUCAUCGGGGGAGGCGCGUUCGGUCUCUCUACGGCUCUUGAGCUCUCCAGGAAAGGCUACACCAACAUCACGGUCUUCGAGAAAGAUGACGAGAUCCCAUCCCGGUGGUCUGCUGGCAACGAUCUGAACAAGAUCAUGCGAGCGGAAUACGAAGACGAUUUCUAUACGGAUUUGGCCGUGGAAGCCACCCACGCCUGGCAAACACCCCUCUAUGCGCCAUACUUCCACCGAGUGGGCUAUCUUAAUGUUGUUUCUGGAGCUGCAUCCCGAAAAGCAGUGGGAACGCUGCGCCGAUUCCAGGCGGCUGCGGAGAAGCACCCGGAGAUGAAGCCUUUCUUUCAUCCCAUAUCGGGCCCUCAAGACGUACGUGAUGUAGCUGGGGCUUGGCAGUUUACCGGUGACAUGCCCGGCUGGAAGGGAUACGUGUCCAAGUACGACGGCUAUGUGCACUCAGCUAAUGCGCUGAGAGGGAUUUAUCGCGAGGCCAGGAAGAAUGGCGUUAGAUUCUUCUUGGGUGAAAAAGUCGGUGCGAUAGAGAAGAUCGUAUAUGAGGGAUCGGGCAAGAGCAGAAAGAGCAUCGGUGUCCGAACAAAGGCUGCGCAAUUCCAUGCCGCCAAGUUAGUCAUCGUCGCCGUUGGUGCCGCAGCCCACAAGAUUGUUCCUGAGGUCGGUGCCGAAGUGUCCGCGAAAUCCUGGUCAGUUGCACACGUCCGCCUUACCGAUAACGAGACGGCGGCACUUCGCGGUAUUCCAGUCACAUACGCCCGCGACCUCGGUUUCUUCUUCGAGCCAGACCCAAAGACAAAUCUCCUCAAGAUUUGCCCGAUGGGAGGUGGUUACAUCAACACUAACCCAGGCACCGGGAUUUCUGAAGCACCGCAAGAGCUCAUGCGCUUCGUGCCGAAAGACGACGAAGGACAGAUGCGCGAACUUCUCCGCCAAACACUGCCCUACCUCGCCGAUCGACCUCUGGUCGAGAAGUUCAUAUGCUGGUUUGCAGACACAGCAGACUCGGACUUCAUCGUCGACUACGUGCCGAACACUUCCUCUUCUGUUAUGAUACUGUCGGGUGACUCCGGUCAUGGUUUCAAGAUGUUCCCAAUCGUCGGAAGGUGGGUGGAUAACCUGCUGAACGCACCCGACGGAAAGCAGAGUAUUCUGAGGUGGCGUUGGAGAGUGCCAAAGCAGAAGGCCAAGGGAGAGAGCUUUGACCAUGAUGUGAGCUGGCGGAUAGGAACUGUCAGAGAGAUUCGCGAUGUGCAAGAACAGGAAGCGAUAAAGCCGAAGAUGUAG